CGUCGCCCGCGGGGCGGGCUCCUGAGGCGGCCGCGCACUCACAGCCCCGUCGUCAGAAGGCGACGCCCGCCGCGCUCUGGGCAAACGCGUGGACCCGAAAGGCAGCCCCGUGUGCGGCUCCGACGGCGGCGUCCUGUGCUUCUCGCCCUGCCACGCAGGGGGCCCUGCGACCAGGACAAGCCCGGGGGGCCGGAAGGAGCUACAGUGCAGAUGAACUGGGGGACCACAUCUCCCAGCUCCAUGAGUAUAAAGACAUCAAGGACAUAGGGCAGAUGCUGUUGGGCAAACUAGCUGUCCUGCUCCUGGAAU